AUGAGGCUUUCUCUAUUUUCAGAUCCACCUGACCUGAAUCAGAAUGAAGCUGAGGAAUUCCAGAACAUCAAAUGGCACCGGAAACAGCUUCUGGAGGACAUCCAGAAGCUAAAGGAUGAGAUUGCAGAAGUGUUUGCCCAGAUCGAAUGCUUCGAGAAUGCAGAAGAGAGUCGCCUGGUCCAGAAGGAGAAAGAACUAUGUAUUGGCAGGAAGAAAUUCAACAUGGACCCCAGUAAGGGAAUCCAGUACCUUACUGAUCACAAGCUUCUCUCCUCCAGUAUAGAGGAAAUCGCCCAGUUUCUAUACAAGGGGGAGGGGCUCAACAAGACAGCCAUCGGGGACUACCUGGGGGAAAGAGAUCCAUUCAACCUCAAGAUCCUGCAGGCCUUUGUGGACUUGCAUGAAUUUGCCAACCUCCACCUGGUACAGGCACUGAGACAGUUUUUGUGGAGCUUCAGGCUUCCAGGGGAGGCCCAGAAGAUCGAUCGGAUGAUGGAGGCCUUUGCCACACGUUACUGUCUCUGUAACCCAGGUGUCUUUCAGUCCACAGACACCUGCUAUGUCCUGUCCUUCUCCGUCAUCAUGCUUAACACCAGUCUGCACAACCCCAAUGUUCGGGACAAGCCCCCCUUUGAACGAUUUGUGUCCAUGAACCGAGGUAUCAACAAUGGUGGAGACCUGCCUGAAGAACUCUUGAAGAAUCUCUUUGACAGCAUUAAGAGUGAGCCCUUCUCCAUCCCAGAGGAUGAUGGGAACGACCUUACUCAUACCUUCUUCAAUCCAGACCGGGAAGGCUGGCUCCUCAAACUGGGGGGCGGGAGAGUAAAGACUUGGAAGCGCCGUUGGUUCAUCCUGACAGAUAACUGCCUCUACUACUUUGAGUUCACCACAGAUAAGGAGCCCCGAGGCAUCAUCCCAUUGGAGAAUCUUUGUGUCCAGAAGGUAGAUGACCCCAAGAAGCCGCAUUGUCUGGAGCUCUAUAACCCCAACUGCAAAGGCCAGAAGAUCAAAGCAUGUAAGACAGAUGGGGAUGGGAAGGUCGUUGAAGGAAAACACCAGUCCUACAGGAUCUCUGCCUCAAGCCCUGAGGAGAGGGAUGAGUGGAUCAAGGCCAUAAGGGCCAGCAUCACCCGUGUUCCAUUCUAUGACCUGCUUUCUGCUAAGAAAAAGAAGAUUGCAAGCAAACAAUAAGGAACCAUUGGGUUGUCAAUCUGUCCUUUGAGGGCUGAGAUGACCUGUGACUCUAGCAGUCUCUGGAGGCAACCACGUGCUCAUCCCCAUCCUUUGUGGGACCUUCUCCUACCUCAGCCUCUCCCAUCCCACCUUCUCACAGGUUCCACUGGAGAUGAAAGGAAUAGAAGCAGAAAUGGAGAAAUGAGUGGGGAAUCAAGGAAAGAAGCCACAAUUGGUGGGAGCCAGUUCCUACUUCCCAGGCUUUGAACCUCCUUUGAGGUUGGCCAAGGAGGCCAUGACAGAAUCUUGGCCUACCAGCACUCGUGCACACUGGACUGAAGAGACUGGAAAGGCUCUAUACACCAAUCCCCUUUCUCUAUUCCAUCUUCCUUUUAGGGAUACACAGCAACAAAGGGUAAAGGACUGAGCAAGCAGUAGGCUGGGAAGCCCCAGACAGGAGACACUUGGCGGCACUCAGGAGUGACCAUUGAGAUGUGAAGCCUAAAGACAUUAUCUGGGAUAGAGCAACCAGGGAGAUGUACCUCACUGGGUAGAGAGUCCCUUUGGAAGAGCGCUGUCUCAAACCCCACCUCUCAUACUUACUUCCAUGUGACACUGGAUAAGUUACUUAAUAAUCUCUGAGUAUAAAUGUCCUCAUUUGCGAAAUGAGGGAAUUGGACCUAGUGACUUCUCAGGUCCUUUUAGCUUAAGGUGUAUAAUCCUCUGUAUACCUAUGCCUAUCACCUUCUGUACAUAAUCAGGGCGUCAUCUCGCACCCCUUUCACUAUCCUUCCACAUCUAUUUUCUAUCCCCAGCUGGAGGGACCUUGUAAAAACUGAGAAGUUAGCUAGCUCCCCUGCUUUUGAGGAGUCUUGCUAUCAAGGUCAAGAAGGAGGCAUUGAGGCUCUUAUAUCUCACCUCGUAUGUGUCUGAGAUGUAAGAAAAGGAAAAAGGACAGGGCUUCUCCCCUGGACUCUUACCAUCGAAUUGGGCAUGAGCAGCAACGACCACAGACAAAAUAUACCACCUCCACAUGUUUGCAAAAUGGGGAUUAAAAAAAAAGACCAAUCACUCCACCCUCCACCCUCUACCAAACAGAGGUAGAUGAAGAAAGCACUUUGGAAACUGUAAGUUGCAAAUCGGGACAGAAAUGCCAGCUGUUUUCUUUCAGUUCAACUAACAUUGAUUAAAGGGCUAACUUAUGUAGAGCUGUGUACUAGUUGUCGAGGAAGAUAAUGGAGCUUAGAAAAGACAUGGCCCUACCCUCAUGAAGCCUAGAGUCUAGUGGGAGGUGGGGAGCGGGGAGAAAUGCAUGCAUGCAGAGGGAUCCAUAAGAAGCAGCAUUGACUGAGAUGUAAUAUCAAUAAGUUAACAGGAAGUUAAAAAGGCAGCACUGUACAGAGGGAGAAGCAAUGGAUUUGAAGUCGAAGUCCCCAGUUUCAAGUUAAUCCACCAAUAAACAUUUAGGAAA